UCGAGUAGAUCAUAAUGGUAGUGUUGCUGUUCUUUGUUCUAGCCCUCCCCAGCCUCCUCCUAUUCAUUCUCCUAAAACAAAGAAACAAUGGAAAUAUUCUUCUUCCCCCUGGUCCGCCAGGUCUUCCCUUGAUCGGUCACUUACACAUGCAAAUUCUAGAUAACUCAGCCCCUCAUAUUUUUCUUUGGAAACUCUCUCAAAAGUAUGGCCCUCUCAUGUCCUUGCGAUUUGGGUUUAGGUCAACCUUGGUAGUUUCUUCUGCAAAAAUGGGUAAAGAGGUUAUGAAAACUCAUGACCUCGACUUCUGCAGUAGGCCUACUUCACGUAUGGCACAAAAAUUUUCUUAUAAUGGCUUAGAUUUGGCUUUUUCACCGUAUAAUGCUUAUUGGAGAGAGAUGAGGAAAAUAUGCACUGUUCAUCUCUUUAACUCUAAUAGGGCGCAACUCUAUCGUCCCAUCCGAGAGGAUGAAGUUGCUCGCUUGAUUUCAAAAAUAUCCAAAUUAUCUGUGUAUCCUAAGCUUGUCAAUUUGAGUGAGGCAAUGAUGUGUCUUGGUAGUACAAUAAUUUGCAGAGUAGCAUUCGGCAAGAGGUAUGAAGAAGGAACUGAAAGAAGCAGAUUUAAUGGACUACUUAAUGAAUGCCAAGCUUUGUUCGCCAGCUUCUUUAUUUCUGACUAUUUUCCUUUUAUGGGUUGGAUUGAUAGAUUCUCUGGAUUGCUCUGUCGUCUUGAAAAAAAUUUUAAAGAAUUUGAUAUCUUUUAUCAAGAACUCAUUGAUGAACAUCUUGAUCCAAAUAGGUCAAAACUCAAGCAAGAAGACAUAAUCGAUGUCUUACUACGAAUUUGGAAGGAUCGUGACUUUGCGAUUGAUCUCAGUAUGGAUCACAUAAAAGCUAUAUUAAAGGAUGUGUUUAUUGCUGGAACAGAUAGUAGCGCUGCAGUUGUGAUUUGGGUCAUGACUUAUCUAAUGAAAAAUCCUAGAUGUUUGAAAAAAAUUCAAGAGGAAGUCAUAAGUUUGAUAGGAAAAAAAGGUUUUGUAAAUGAAGAUGAUAUUCAAAACUUAACUUAUCUUAAAGCUGUAAUAAAAGAAACAUUCAGAUUGCAACCAAUAGCUCCAUUGUUAAUACCACGAGAAACAAUACGAAAGUGUAACAUAGGAGGAUUUGAAAUACCUACUAAAACCUUAGUUUAUGUGAAUGCGUGGGCAAUUGGAAGAGACCCUGAAGCUUGGGAAAAUCCAAAAGAAUUUUAUCCGGAGAGAUUCAUUGGUAGCUCUAUUGACUACAAAGGGCUAGACUUUGAGCUCAUACCAUUUGGUGCUGGUCGAAGGGGUUGUCCUGGAAUACAUAUGGGAGUUGCAACUGUGGAGCUCGUCCUUGCUAAUCUUCUUUACAAAUUUAAAUGGGAAAUGCCAGCCGGGAUGAGUAACGAUGACUUAGACUUUGAUGUGAAACUUGGUUUGAGUGUACACAAAAAAAAUGCUCUUUGCCUUGUGGCCAACGAGAUCAAUGUUUAAUGCAUGUAAUGUUUUUUUUUUAUUAUUUUGAAAUGCUUAAUGCAUUUAAUUUUAUACAAUUAACUUAGUUUGCUACUAGCUUGUUCUAGUUUGGAGUGUCAACAAUAUUUUAUGUUGUCUAUGUUUAAUAAUAAAUUUAUGUAUUUUUAAUAUCUUUUAAG